UUACAUUAUUUUGAGAUGGAACAUAUGAGUUACCAAUUAUUACUAUGGAAAUGUAUUGGACGGGGAAAUAUCUUACGAGGAAGUGGUUACGGGGAAACGCAUGACGAGGAAAUGGCAGACGGGGAAGUGUCCAUGAAUCAUACAGGUGUUUCAAGUUUGGAAUCCGAGUUGUCAAAUUUUAAUAUUUAUUUGGAAAAAAUAUAUUCUUCUGAUUCAGAUGUAUUAUUAGCUAUUAAGAAAUUAAAUGUAUCUAUUAAAUACUUAGAAAAUCUAUCGGAUGUAAAUUUAUUGGAAAAAAAUGAUAUCCUGGUCACCACUUUAUUUGAAGAACUUGCAGUCAAACGACCAUGUUUUAGAAUUCUUGGCCGUCCAGCUUUACUGGAAUUGGCCGAAAGCCCUAAUGGUUUACAGGGCAUUAAUCGCCAUCGUUAUUGCAAUGCUCUUGUUGGUGCCAUUGUCAGUGUUACAGGAAUUCAAAAGAGAGAUGAAAUGGCACGUCUUCUGAGUUUGAUCCGUUGGAUGGGUGGUAGUUUUCGAGAAAGUAUUAAUUACAAAACUACUCAUUUGGUGUCUGGUUAUGCAUGUAGUGCUAAAUCCCAAUAUGCAUAUUUGCAUGAAAUUCCUGUUAUUGGAUCUUCGUGGCUUCAUGCAGCAUGGGAGAGACGCGAUGAAAUAGACUUCAAAGCAAUCAAUUCAUCAUUCUUUUCAGAACACAAGCUAAAACCAUUCCAUGGAGCCAAAAUAUGUUUUUCAGGGUUCACGGAAGAAGAGCGAUCACAUAUGGUUGAUGUUUUGUUACAAAAUGGGGGGACUCCAAUAAGCGAUGAAAAUGAUACAGAAUGUACUCAUCUGGUUACAAAAGAAGGUUCUAGUCCUUUAGGCGACCGAGAUCCAAAUACAACACCGUGUUUACGAGGUGUUUUGGCUCCUAAAAAUCUAAUUCAAGCAUUUGAUAAAGAGGAUUCAAGUCCUAAUACUCGAAAUGGGGGGUUAAAAAGAACACUGAGUGUGGUAGAUGGUGGAAAUUUGUCACAUGAAACCAAGAAGAUUCGCCUUCAAUCUUUAGACAUGGAUUGCGAUGAAUUUUUGUUUAAACAUCCCAAUCCUAUGUCAGCAUGUUUGGAUCAAACCGAUCAAACUUUGGUUGUUGAUGAAUCUUCAUUAGAUUCGAUUCCUCCUGUGAAGAAGAACAAUGCUGAAAUCCUGAAAGAAGCAUGGUUCUGGACAUCUGUACAAUACCAGAGUUGCGCCUUAACUAAAGAAUAUUUAUUAACCAAUUUAAAUGCGACCAACACACCUACAUCUACUCGUGUUAUGUCAUCUACAUUGACAUUAAGUUCUUCUUCUCGUGCACGCAAAAGAAAAAGGCAUUUAGACCGUUUGGGUUCUUUGUUAAGGCCUAGUCCAACACCUGUGGCAACUAUUGGUGAAACAUCGCCAACAAACAGUUCAGGGCCGUCAAAACGACGGUCAUCAGCUGCCAAUACCCUUGAUGGCCUAAGGUUGUCGUGUGGAUCAUUUUUAAACUUCACAAACAGCCCAGAUCAUCCAUCGCCCUUUAAACUACCAAAAGAUCCAGAUUUAGUUAUAAAAGAUAAACCAUUUAGCCCGCGAUAUCAAGUUUUCUCUGAAUUAUUACAAACUGAGAUUAACUAUGUGGGAGUGUUAAACACAAUAAUUACUGUGUACAAGGAACCAUUAGAAGAAAUGAUAGACAAAGAAGACUGUUUGCUUAAUAAUACAGAAAUUAAAAUUAUAUUUGGAAAUGUUUUACCUAUUUAUCAAGUACAUCAAGAGAUGUUAGAAGAGCUCAAGUGUCUUGCUACAUCUUGGCAAGAAGAUAGUAGUAUAGGCAGUGUUUUUCUCAAAUAUUCCAGCGAAUUAGUGAAAGCUUAUCCACCGUUUGUGAAUUUUUUUGAAAAAACAAGGGAGAUGUUAUUACAGUGUGACCAAACAAAACCUCGUUUUCAUGCUUUCCUUAAGGUCGGUCAGACAAGGCCCGAAUGUUGUCGACAGAGUCUUCAAGAACUUCUCAUUCGACCUGUGCAACGCUUACCCAGCGUUAGCCUACUGUUAAAUGAUAUUUUGAAACAUUCUGAUAAGAAUAAUCCUGAUCACCAAGCCCUUGUAUCAGCCUUAGCGAGUAUACGUGAAGUAAUGACUCAUAUUAAUGAAGAUAAAAGAAAAACUGAAGGUCAAGUUGUUCUUUUUGAUAUAUUUAAUGAUAUCGAUAAUUGUCCUCCUCAUUUAGUUUCUUCACAUCGAAGUUUUAUUUCAAAAUGUGAUGUGGUUGAGUUAAGUGAUAAUCUUAGUGGUCGUGGGGAUCAUCUAACAAUAUUUGUUUUUUCAGAUGUUGUCGAAGUCUGUAAAAAAAGAAAAUCAUUUAAUGGAAAAAGUCCAAAAGAACCAAAUUCUGGUUCACACAAAUUAAAUGGUGGUGCCAAAUCUUAUAAACAUAUCAAAUUGAUGCCGUUAAAUAUAAUCAAACAAGUUAUAGAUAUUAAAGAGACUGAAGACUGUCGUAAUACAUUUUCAUUAAUGAUUAUUGACAAUCAUGACUUUAAAGAACGAUUAUAUACAUUCACUAUGACUGGAAGUAAUUGCAGUGCCAAUCAUAAAAAUAUUUUCUUAAAAAAUAUAUCGCAACAAGUGGCCAACACCGUGUGUUCUGGMAAUAUAUUAGUGUCAUUAGACUCUCAGCAAUUGGACAUUGAUACAAGUGAAAUUACUACUGGUACUCUUGGGAAAGCUUUCAAGUUUGCAAGCAGAACACGCAUUAAAGUUGGACGGGCAUUAAGCUUUAAUAAAACUCCUAGCAAGUUGAAACGAGCUGUGUCUACAAUGAUGAGUCCUGUUCUCAGCUUAACUAACAAUGGAGGGCUGGGUACACAUGCCCUUACUCCGUCCACUCAAUUAGCCAAUAUGCAUUUAGCAUCGUGCACCAAUUUAAAUGAAAUGUCAUCAGAUGACCAUACGUUUCCAUCGCCACCUUUGUCAGUUCAGCCAAAUAGAAAAAAUAAAACGUCGAUAUUAAGUCUAUCUUCGGCGCCCAGGUAGCGUCCAACAACCUAUCGAUACCUGGUWAACACUUUUCGAAACUCAAAAAAUUUUGUUUCGAUUUUAAACCGUCAGUAUCGAUAGUUAUAUUAUAUUAUUAUAAUAAUUAUGUUUUAAAACUCAAUUUUAAAUUUUUUUUAAAUUAAUUAUUUUAUUAUUACAUUUUUUGUUAGUAUUUAAGAUUUGUAUAAUAAUGUUGUUUUCAACUUUUCCCAAGACAUUCUUGCCCCAAAAUWUUCUUAUCCUAUACCUACUUCAUUGUCAACAAUCGUUCAUUUCAUAAAUUCCAUUUCUACAAGAAUAAAUGUUUACCAUACAUGUUUACUUGGUUUUAUACUGAGUAUUUUAAAGUUACCAUGGUAUAUACUUUUGUAGUCUGAAUUUAUACAUUUACAUACAUUUUAUGUGAACAAUUUUAUUUUUAAAUCUUAAAACAUAAAACUCAAAACGGUGCUCAAGUAUUUGAUCAUUAACUACCUUAAGCUCAAACAAUAACUUUUAUGUAUACUAUGUGUGUGUUAGGGAUUAUAUAUUUUUAUAUAUUUUUAAAUUUAUUGUAUAAAUGUAAAUAUGACGAUUCAAUUUUUGUGAUUUUU